UAGUAUGCUUUCGACCAAUCAGGAGCGAGAAUGAUUGUUACGUAAGCAGUCAGCCAAAGAAGUCAACAAACCCUCGGGUUCAUUUGUUAUUGUCUGCGCUGCUUUUUGUUUACCGAAUUUUUGCGCAGUUUUUUGUAUAAAUUAAAAGAAAUCACGGAGUGUAGUAGGUUUUUCUAUUUCUUUUAAUCAUGGAUGAACUUAAGCAUCAAGUAAUGGUGAAUCAAUUUGUGUUAGCUGCGGGAUGUCCUGCCCACGAAGCAAGGCAAAUUUUACAAGCUACACACUGGCAAUUUGAGACGGCAUUAAGUCAUUUUUUCCAGGAAUCAGGUAUUCCACAACAACAUAAUCAGCAUGCAAUGUGUCCUCCUGCCAACACACCUGCGACACCUCCUGCAUUCCCUGAAGCUUUACUAGCAUUUUCUAAAAUGCAAACUUCAGAUAAACAACUAGGCACAAGUCCUCAAGUUGUACCAACAACUGCGAGCAAUAAUAUCGGCUUUCUGAAAGUUCCAGGCAAGAGUUAGUGAUUUUGAAGGGUGGUUGUGAAUUGGAUGUUCAACCACCCAUUUAAUAUUGCAUCACCAAAAAUGGUGGCGACGGACAUUAAACACACUUUUUUAAAAUACAAACAACCAAACUUCUUUUUUAUUUCGCUGAUAUGAUAUUUUUUUCACUUUUUUUCAAUAUCUUAUUUGGCGGACUAAAUCCUACCACACAAAUGCACUUUUAUUUUUGUGGAAGACUGCAUUAUAGCGUAAAUAUGCGUCACAAAUAUGUGCGCUUCUCAAUAGCACAAGCAGACACCACAUUAAUUCCGCAUGAUUUCGCUGCUAUGCUAUCGUUUUAGAUCUGGUAAUGUCACAUUAGAAUUUUCCGAGAAUUGAAUCGGACAUAUUUACCUGAUUGUUACUCUUGAACGUGAUAAGUUGAAUUCAGGAUAAAUUUUCUUUGUUAAUAUGUAUGUACAAAUUCGAACAUGUUUAUUUCUUGUUCAAAUUUAACAAAUUUGCGCACUUUACGUGUCCUGACGUCAUGUUUGUCCCAGAAAGCAGUAACGCUAUACCAAAUGAGGAAGCUACAUUCAAAAAUAGUCUAACCUAUAAAAUUAUAAUUCAAACAUUAUAGAUGAGUUUGAAUUGUGCUGGGUUGAGUGUUAUAGAUCGGAAAUUUGUUAAUUUAUACAUCAGGAUAUUUUGGCAUGCUCAAACAGAAAUAUUUUAAACAUGGGCUAUUCUUCUAAAUCACAAAUGGACUAUUGUUGAUCCACCUAAACUAAAUUCUUUUUUUGGGUGACGUUUCCACUGAUAGGAUUUUAUAGUGAAUUUUCAGCGGGUCCACCAGAUUGCACUGUGUGUAUUUUCUGUAUUUUAUGAUGAGGUGUAGCACACUCUCACUUGAAGGGGUGUUUUUUGUUGGUGUAAAAUUGCAAAGUUAGGUUCGUGUUGGGUGGUAUAACCUAAUGAAAAAUAUCAUAUUUUAUGUAAGUGCUAGCUAUGAAUGAUUAUAAGAGACACCUGUAAGGCUGUUUCAGAAUUCGAUAAAGAUUUAUUUGUUUGCUAACGAAAUUUGAACUAUGAAUAUAAAUUUGUUCAUACAAUUUAAUUGGCAUAUUAAACAUUGUAUGAUUGUUAAACACAUGGCUGAGAAUGUUCAAGUGUGUUUUUGAACAGAGUAGAUAAUGAGAAGCUCAGUUCAGAAAUGCCUUAUUCAUUAUUGAUAAACUUGUUUACAAAUUUAGUAAAUUUGUGAAUGGAAAACAUUGCAGCAAAAAUUUUUCCCAUUUUUUAUUUGCAUUAUUUCAAGUUACCCAAUCUUGAAUAAAUAUGUUACGUUUUUGAGCUCUAUUGCGAAGAAUCAACUAAUUUGUUUACAAACUUUCAAUCGCAUCAAGGCGGUUUGAAUUGACAGAAAAUUUUUUUGUUCUUGUAGUUUCAAAGUUUUGUAAAAAGCAUCAUGUAUUUGAUAACAUCUUUCACGUGUCAAUGUUUUGAACGUCUGUUUCUGUUCUUGAAGGAGCCUCAAUAUUUUUGUGUGUUUUGAGAAAAAAUUGGAAAUAAAUCUUGAAACUUCGUUUAA